GAUGAGCAUUCUAACCUUUUUUCAUUUCACAAUACAUUUUACAUGUACUUCCUUUUUUAUAGAAUUUUUUUAGGGAAACUCACCACAAAAAUCCUUUACUUUGUUUUUUAAAUUUUCUCUAAAUUGUACGAAUAUCUAAUUGAAAGAUUAAUGUAAUCCAUCAAACACGGCCUUUCAAAAAGUUUAAAUAAGUUACAACUCUUCUCACCUCAUAAGUAUGUCAUCUGAUUUCAACUUGCAAUUCAAUUCUCACCCACUGUUCCAAAAUAGGUCACAAAAAGCCAUCCAGAAGCACACUCUCCCAAUAUCCGAGCUACCCACUCUUCAUCAGCGAUUCUUUUCUUAUGAAUUCCACUGAAAGUUUUGAUCUUUUUGAGCUAAGAUCCUUGAAGGGCUAAAACCCAGAAUUUCAGCUAGCUCCAUAUCUCUGUUCUUUGGUGUUUAUUUGUUUCUUUAUUUAAUAUUUUGAGACUAAAAGUUGUAGUAGUUUUGAGAAGUGGAGAGUUGAGCUUGGAAGAAGAUGAGCAAGAGAAGAGAGGAUUCUGAUAUGUCCGAGUCACUGAUCGAUUCAAGUUCCAGGGGAUCUAGUUACUCUGAGUCCUCGUCGGAUGAGAGCAGACGGAAGGAGAACUGUUCUUCGCCGUCUCCUUUUGGUUGGCCCAUCCGGAAUGCCCAGUCCGCCAGGUGCUCGAGGAAAGGCGGAGCAGAGAAACAGAUGCAGGCCUUGAUGGAUCAAAACGAACAUGGUGAUGAUUCUGAGCUGAAGAAGCUUCACUCGAAAACUACAGAAAUGGAGAUGAUGAAAGAGAGAUUUUCAAAACUGUUGCUUGGUGAAGAUAUGUCUGGUUGUGGAAAAGGAGUUCCAACAGCAUUAGCCAUUUCAAAUGCUAUUACUAAUCUUUGUGCCACUGUAUUUGGACAGUUUUGGAGGCUGGAACCCUUUCUUCCAGAAAAGAUAUCGAUGUGGCGAAGAGAGAUUGAAUGGCUUGUUUCUGUUAGCGACCAUAUUGUUGAAUUAAUACCUUCUUGGCAAACGCUUCCUGAUGGAAGUAAGGUUGAGGUGAUGAGUAGCAGGCCAAGGUUAGAUAUAUUUAUAAACCUUCCAGCUCUCAAGAAACUUGACACCAUGCUCAUUGAAAUCGUGGAGAGUUUUACAAGCACUGAAUUUUGGUAUGUGGACAAAGGCUUAGGUGGUGGGGAUAAGGGUGGAUCAGUCAAUUUCUUUGUGAAGGAGGCGGUCUCGCGACAAGAAGAUAAGUGGUGGCUGCCAGUGCCAAGGGUUCCUGCAGGUGGUCUCCCCGUUUCCACGAGGAGGCAGCUAGAUCACAAACGCGAAUGCACCAGCCAAAUCCUUAAAGCUGCAAUGGCCAUUAACAGCUCAACUUUAGCCGAAAUGGAAGUUCCCGAGUCCUACUUGGAUUCCCUUCCAAAGAAUGGGAGAGCCUGCUUAGGUGAUGUGGUUUACCGGUACAUCACAUCAGAUAACUUCUUACCGGAGUGUCUCCUGGAUUGCAUUGACCUGACUUCUGAACAUAUGGCUCUAGAGAUGGCAAACCGCGUGGAGGCUGCCAUCCAUGUUUGGCGCAGAAGUCACAACCACAACCACAACCACAACCACCACCACCACAACCACACUAGACCUCCCACUCAUCCAAAUCGUUCAACACCCAAAUCUUCUUGGGGUAUUGUCAAAGAUCUAGUGGUUGAUGGAGACUGCAGGAGAGAUUUACUUGCUGAGAGAGCUGAAAAUCUCCUCCUUUGUUUGAAGCAAAGAUUUCCCAAUCUCACCCAAACCACCUUGGAUGCCACCAAGAUUCACUGCAACAAGGAUGUGGGGAAGUCAAUCCUGGAGAGCUAUUCAAGAGUCUUGGAGAGUGUGGCUUUCAACAUAUUGGCGCGCAUUGACGAUCUCAUCCACGUGGACGACAUAGCCAAGCACCCCGCAGGAAAGCCUCCGCCUACUCCACUUGCCGCGCCACACAGAAAACUCAUCAUUUCCUCUUCAGCAACCCCUCUCAAAUCCCCGGGCCCGCCUUUGAUCAGCCCGGCCAGGGGGGCGGAGGUGACGCCAUUCCUCGGCGGCGGCGGUGGCAACAACAAGCUUCCCAGGCGUGGCCUUGGAGUGAAGAGGGCAUUGUCAAACUACCUUGGCGGAGAAGCUACUAACAACAAGAUGAAGGCCGGCAGCUGUGGAAACCCUCUGGAAGCUUUUGCUGCCUCUUCCAUUUCCAGGAAAAGCUCUGAGUCUCGAGCUUCAAUGGCUGCCAUGGUUGCCCAGGACGAAAGCUCUGUCUUGCGUCCAAUUAACCGCUGAGAGCAUUAUAGUUUUAGUGGUGUUU